GAAGGCAUCUCGAAGAAGAAAGAUCUCCGCGAGGACCCGAGGAAGGGACGCGUCCAUCCCUCACACCCGAUUCCCCCUCACCGCGUGCGGUGUUGACCCCCACCCCCUUCCCCCUUCCGCUUCCUCCCCAUCCAUCGGCAGCGCUGGAGGCGGCGGCGGCGGCGUCCCCUGGAUCCCUCGGCGGCGGUGGCGCACGGUUAUGCCGAGAGGCACCCAGGUAUCAACACCGUGCACUGCCAGGUCUCUAGCAUUCUCAGUAAGGAUAUGGAGUACACCCUUUACACCACAAGUUCCUCUGUAUCCCACAUCUCGCUGCUCGAGGAAGUUCUUGGCUGGAGGUUUUCUCUUUACGGAGACUUCCUUGUUAUCUCUUUCGUCAACUGCACCUGAAGAUCGCACCUCAUUUAGCGGUCCUCUUGCUUGGUCCCAUGCUAUUGCACAAUAGAGUCAACUAGUGAUUGCAGUGCAGCUGUAGCACAUUUUUUCGAGCAUGGUGCAUCUCAUCCUCUGGCAUCCUUCUGGUAAUUUUUGCCGUGGCACUGAUCAGCCAGCAAAGGUUACCGUCGGGACUUCUUUGGACACUUGGAUCUGACAUUAGAGAUUACUGUGAGACUUAAUCUCUAGCAGGUUCUUGUUUUUUUGUUUCCAUUUUCUCUCUUCUCCCCUAUCACCGUGAGCUUUUAGUUUGAUCGACCCAAGAUUUGGUGUGUACUACGCUGUUCUUUGUCAGGCUUCAUAUCCAAUGGCGUAACAUAUGAGUGAAGGUGUUCAAGUUUUUUGUCAGAGUAUGGGUAUUGCUGAUAGAGCUUUCACAAAAGCGUCGAGCGACUUUGGUUAUCUACUCUCCAAAGGCAUUUCAGCAAUACACAUACGAGUCUUGUUCACAAUUAUAGGACUCUCCUAGAAUAAGGCCAACUUUGCUCUCCAGCUAGUAAAAUGGAGAGGUAUAAGAUUAUUAAGGAAGUUGGUGACGGAACAUUUGGGAGUGUUUGGCGCGCAAUCAACAAAGAAAGUGGUGAAGUGGUUGCAAUCAAGAAAAUGAAGAAAAAGUAUUAUUCAUGGGAGGAGUGCAUCAAUCUCCGUGAAGUGAAGUCCUUGCGAAGGAUGAACCAUCCAAACAUUGUGAAACUCAAGGAAGUCAUAAGGGAGAAUGAUACACUAUUCUUUGUUUUUGAAUACAUGGAAUGCAAUCUCUACCAGCUGAUGAAGAGCAGGGGGAAACCCUUUUCAGAAACUGAAGUCCGAAAUUGGUGCUUUCAAAUAUUUCAAGCUUUGAGUCACAUGCAUCAGCGUGGAUAUUUUCACCGUGACCUUAAACCUGAAAAUUUGCUAGUUACAAAGGAGCUCAUCAAGAUAGCAGAUUUUGGGCUAGCUCGUGAGAUUUCGUCUGAACCACCAUACACCGAAUAUGUAUCAACUCGCUGGUACCGCGCUCCUGAAGUUCUGCUUCAAGCUUCUGUUUACAACUCAGCAGUUGAUAUGUGGGCGAUGGGUGCCAUCAUUGCGGAGCUUUUUUCAUUGCGUCCUCUUUUCCCUGGUUCAAAUGAAGCAGACGAGAUUUACAAAAUCUGUAGUGUUCUUGGUACUCCAAAUCAGCGUACCUGGGCUGAAGGCCUGCAGCUUGCAGCAUCUAUUCGUUUUCAGUUUCCUCAGUCUGGAAGCAUAGAUCUUUCGGAAGUGAUUCCCUCAGCAAGUGAAGAUGCCAUCAGCCUUAUCUCGUGGCUCUGCUCAUGGGACCCACAAAGAAGGCCAACGGCAGUGGAGGUUUUGCAGCAUUCCUUCUUUCAGCCAUGCUUCUACAUCCCCCCUUCACUUCGAUUCAGAUCAAGCGGAUAUGCAGCAACACCACCAUCAGUUGGGGCUAAAGGAGCUGUGGAUCAGAAGAAUGCUAGGAGCACCGUGGGGCUUCUAUCUAAUGGGAGACCAGCAGUUAAUUACUCAUACUGGAGCAGUAACACACCAGCAAGAGCAGCUGGCGUGCAAAGGAAACUGGAUUUGGAUCACCAGGGGAGUAUGAACCCUUAUCAGGUUCCAGAGGUUAACCAUAAACUGACAAAGGAAGAGGCAAUGAAUCAGCCUUGGUCCAGACCACCAGCCGCAGCAGUAAGGAACAAUGGAAAUUACUUCACUAAAGACCAGAGCCCUCGAGCACCUGACAUAGCCGAGAAGCUGUCUCAGCUGGCAGUGGGCUCCAACAGGUCGUCAGGCUUGUCUUCCGACAAGUUUGUGGACCUUAAGGCAAGAACCCAUGGGAAUACCAUGAAGCGGACCUUGCCGCCUGUUGGAGCCAGGGCGUGGCACGCCCCCGCCGAUCCUUUUCGGCGCUCAUACGAUAUGCCAGGCGACAGGGCUUUCCUUCCCAGGAAGCUCGUUAGCUGAAGACAACAAUGAAAUGGAUGCCGCCACACUCCUCUUUGCAACUCUUUCACCAAUACCAAUAUCAUCAUGAAUAAAAUAAGAGAAGCCAGCAGAGCAAUCUCCCUUGGAGAGUUUGUUUGUGUAUUUCCUAGUGGCGUCUUUCUUGCGAUAAAUAAAUUGUAGUGAUGUGCUGCUGGUUCGUGCAUUUGCAUGGCAUCGUGAUCCUCGGGGCCAUGGCAUGCAAGCAUGGCCAGGCGCAUCUCCAUGGGACCUUGUCUUUGGAGUCCGAACGUGUUUUAGUGCCUCAGUGACGUGACGCUUGUUGUUGAGUCGAUUCUGCUCAGCCUCUGCGUUGGCGUGCCUGUGCUGUUUACAGGCAGCUGCUACUAUAAUACUAGUAUAGUAUUGUAUUGUUAUAUUACCAGUACCUGGUGCUGCUAUGCUUGUCCAGUUGUUUAUGCAUGUCCAGGCCACAAGCGUCUGUGUGCUCAUGCAGCAAUAAUACUAUUACUAUUACUGUAUCAAUCUGUAUGUGCUGUGUUGCUGCUGCAAUAAAAUGUUUAUUGUCAUGAGUGACGAUGA